AUGUCUGACCAAGAAAGAGAUUAUUUCAAUUUUCAUACUCAAGAAGGUACUGAAUACCAAUUCGCUCAUACAAAUGAUAAUACUAAUGCUAAUUCAAGAGUGACAUCUCCAGGAACAACAGCAGAACAUAAUUUGACUUUGAUAAGUAAUAACAAUGUCGCUCAUCCUCCAAAUUCUCCAACUUCACUUACUCCUACCACACCUAUGAGCCCAUUUAUGCAAAGCCAAUCAGAUUUAUUAAAUUUAAAUCAGUUUUCCUUACCACGCUCUCCAGGUGCAAGUAUUGCAAUGGCAAGAAGGCCGUCAGUGAAAAGAUCACAAUCCACUCAUAAACAUCAUUCACAUCAUCCACCUACUAAUAUUUCAAAUCCAAACUUGGUUCCGGCCCCAAAUUCUACAUACGGGCCUGUAUCAAAUAAUUCAUCAACACAUUCGAGCAGAAGAGCAUCACUUAUAUCGUCAUCAAAUCAAAAGGGAAAACAAGUGAAACAGUCACAAUCACAAUCUCAGCAGUUGCAUCAACAACUCCAGCAAUUGUCACCAUCGAAGUUAGCUGCAUUAAAUUCACCGAAAAGUUCAAGUGCAAAUAAUAAUGCUACUACUACCACUAACCCUCUUUCCACGAGCAUGCGACGUAGAGGUUCCAUAACGAACUCAGACUCGAGCACUGGAACUCCAACAUUUGUUAUACCACCUGACUUGGCAUCUUUAAACACGCAUAGAACUUCAAGUAUCUCUGGAUCACAACAUUUACAAUCCAUUAAAAGUAAAAGCCCUUCUAUUGUUUCAAAUUCAUCUGAAUAUUCAACCACAAAUCUACUAAUGAAAAAUCCUUCUAAUAUUUCUACUGCUGGAAUGUCCAUAAAUAAUGCCUCUACUUCGUCAACAGUCAAUAACGAUAGGGCUGUUUCAAAUAACGGUAGUACAAGCAAUGAUAUUGGGAACAAUACUAGUACUACUAACAAUAAUAUAAACGGAAAGAAAAAUAGUUUGACAAACACUGGAAUGAUAUCAUCAAACAAUACCCCAGUGAUAACAACCCCUAAGGAUACCGUGUCCAGCACCUCCUCUUCUCGAUCUGUAUUACUAGCAAGCAAUAAUAACAACAUGUCAACUUCUAAAUCUUUCAGAAAACAAUAUAUCUUAAAUGAGAAAAAUUAUCUGGAAAAGAUGAGAAAUAAUAUUGCAGAUGAUGAUUAUUAUACUCGUAGAAUUGCACCAUCUCCAUUACUGGAUGAAGGUGAAGAUGAUGAAGAUACUGAAUUUGACAUGGAUUUAAAAGAUAUUUUGAUUGAUAGAUUUGAUACCACUGGUUUCAACAAUCCUUUAUUGUUCGAUAAUACCAGCGGCAACGAAGAGGUUAAAAUGAAUGAUAAUGAUAUAAAUUUCGGUACGAAUUUCUUCACGACAGCAAAUCAAAAUAAUGUUAAUAAGAGUGAAAAAAACUUGGUAUCAAUGAGUUCAAAAUAUUUAUUACAAAGGUUGGAAUGGUUACAGAACGCCAACCCAGAUGAUCCACAACUAAAUGAAAUCUUCGACAAAAUUCGUAAUGUGACAAGAAAUCUAGCACCAUCCACUCCCGUGACUACUACAAAUAAUAGCAGCGAAAAGACGGCGAAUAUUAGUUCCGUGAGUUCUACUACAAUCAAUGGAAACAAUAAUUUGCACCCAAAUGACGAAUCAAAUUCAUCAACAGCCGUGACGCCAGUAACAGCAACCUCGAUGGUAGAUCAAGUACCAUCUGAUCAAUAUAGCCAAAGCAAAAGUGCUUUGGAAUUUAGUCUUGCUGCCAUUUCUGAUGUUCAGAAGAACUAUAUCGCGCAAUUAUCACAACAUCCGUUAGUAGUGGAACGAUUUAAAUGGCAAGCUAUGCUAUCCAAUGUUUUAAAAGGUGAUAUUGUGAGAAACGAAAAAACAAAAAUUGCUAAAGAAAUAAAGAAACCCGGUCUAAAUAGUCAAUUUUCAGAUGAAAUUUGGCUAGAGUUGAAAGCAUGGAUGAAUGGGAAAACUGUGGAAGAUCUAAGUAAAUCUUUAAAAGUCUUAAGGGAUUCUACUGAUACAUUAUUUGAAGAAAUUUUGAGCUACAAAAUUCCUGUCGAAAUCAGUAACAACCAUGACUUAAUUGAAGAAAAAUUAAUAUCAUUGAAAGAUCAAUACUAUAAAGCUCUAACGUAUUGGCCGAAUUUGCGAAAAAUGUACCAAGAUAAACCAAUUUGUAAAAGUACUGAAUUCAUCAACAGGAUAGAGGCAAUUAAUAGUUGGUUAAACUUCAAAUCCAAUUUUGAAAUCAAGAUAAACGAUUUGAAAAGUUGGGUUGGGAAUGAUGAAUUAAAUGUCCUAACUCCGAAUGAAAGCUCAUCAUUAGAUAAAAUGUUAGAGGAAAAUAAUAAUAUAACUCCGAAUACAAGAUCAUUUGCGGAACAAGUAAUGAAAGAGAAAGAUAUUGAAACUAUUUUCCAAAAGAAAAUAUUCUUCCCUUUGGCACCCUGGAUUUUGAAAUCUAAAAUUUUCUUUUUACAAUAUGAGCAAACAUUAAAUAGCUUAAGCUUGAACUAUCCUAAUGAACCAUUGGAAUUAUUAUUAAUGUUUCCAAUGAAGUUGGUGAAGGAAAUUAUACUGAUUAGAUUAUCGUACGCAAAAAAGUUGCAAAACCCAACCAUGAUGAUGAUCGACCAAAUGAUUUACGAUUUUAAUUCAUAUAUCAGACUAUCUGUUCAACUGAAACAUACCGUUACUGUAUACUGUAGUGAUUGGUCAUUCAGAGUUGCUAUUGAUCCAGAAUUUGAUGGUACUGUACUGGAAGCAAUAAAAUACUUAUUUAAGUUAUUCAACUUGAAAUUACUGGACGCGAAUAAAAAAUCCUUCAAAACAUUUAAGGAACCUGAAAUGGUUUUGAAAUAUUGGGAUGAUUUAAAGAACGUGGGUCAUUACAUUGAUAAUGCGGGACCAUUAAUUUCCAAUGAAUUUAAUAAAUUAACAAUAAGACUGCUUCAUAGAUUACAUGCAUAUUUGCUUGAACAACAAAACUCUCCACCACAAUUUUCCGCUAGUAAAGACGCCGAGAAAUGGCUAAUAGGAGUAUUUGAGAACUUGGGUUCAUUCAAGAGGAAAUUAAACAGAUUUACUAAUGUUCUAACAAAAGCGUUCCAAAAUUCUGUUAAUUAUAAAAUCGAAAGCGAUAAGGAAUUAUUAAAAGCUUUAACCAGUACAGGUCAUUUUCUUAUAUAUACUGGUGGCAAUCUGGAACAGAAUGGUAUAUAUUUAAUUGGUAGUCCUGAGCUGUUAGGUUGUACAGAUGAAGAAAUUAUGAAGAUUUUAAAUAAUAGCGAUAUUGGUUGUGAUUUAAUACCGAAACUACAGAUAAGAAACAGUUUAUCGAUUUAUAAUGCUUUCCAAAACGGUUGGGAUCCCAAUUCUAUGAUAGUGCAAGAUGCUGACUCUAAUGGUGUGUCUUACUAUUACGUUAGGAAUGAAUUAGAUAGUAAUACCAAAUCGAAACGUUUCAAAGGUAGAAGUAGAAGCAGACCUAAUAUGGAGGCCAAUAAUAUAAAUAAUAACACCAUGAAUAAAAAUAAUAAUUCUAACGGUCAUAGUUAUGCCAAUAGAUUUAUCGAUGAAUAUGAGGACUCAGAGAUAGAAAUGUUACAACUUGAAUCAAAACUACAUUCCCUCGGUUACAUUGUAGUUUUGUAUCCAGGUAAACCAAUGUUAUGGGAAGGGAAAAUGUUUAAUCUGGCUGAGGACACCGUUGUUAAAGUCCAAGAUCUACACUUAAAGAUUACACCUAAUACAAUGGUUUUAAUGAACCAAGGAUCCAGUUAUGCUUUAGAGUAUCAAUGUGAUAGAUUUCAACAAAUCGUGGGGAGUUCUGUCUCGUUUAUCGAAAAGCGUUGUUCGUUCGACUUUAUUGAGAACGACUUACAGAAGAUUAACAAGGCGUAUUUUAGAUUUACAUAUAGUGCAUUGAACAAUUAUGCUAAGGUAAUCAGUAAUUUUCAAAAAGUUUGCCCAUCGAACGAACUACUGAAUAGUAUUUUCUUAUUUGCCAGGGAUUCAGGUAAGAAUUUUCUCCGGACUAAUGUUGCUAAUUAUGAAAAGAAAUCGGUGAUAAUAUUGUUGAUGAUAAGGUUAAGUGUUGGUUGGUUAUCAUUCUUAAUAGAAGAGUGUAAUCCUACAGAUCAAAGAACUUUCCGUUGGUGUGUACCAGCUAUGGAAUUUGCCAUGCAAAUGACCAGUGGUUAUAAUAUUUUAGGUUUAAAUGAGAUGCAAUUUACUGCUUUGAAGAAAAGAAUCUCAGCAUGUAUGUCAUUAUUGAUUUCCCAUUUCGAUGUUAUGGGUGCAAGAUCAUAUGAAGCUGAAAAGACCACACAACAAACAAGAUUAAAUAAUAUGGACUUCGAAAAUGAUGUUGAUGAUGAUGCAAUGUUAGAAUUGAACUCACAAUUCCGUUUGAGAGCUAUUAAAGAAUUGGAAAAGAAUAUAAGGACGAAUCCUCGACAAAUCGGUAAAGUUCUGGAUGAUACAGAUACGGGUAACAAAUAUUUACUAUCCUUGGCGUCGUCAAUGUCGAAUUUGUCAAUGAGAUGGCAAAAAAGAAACUUUAUUGGCGGGGGUACCUUUGGUACAGUAUUUUCUGCAGUGAAUUUAGAUAAUGGGGAGAUAUUGGCGGUCAAAGAGAUUAGAAUUCAAGAUAGCACUACUAUGAAAAAGAUUUUUCCAUUGAUAAAAGAAGAGAUGACUGUUUUAGAAAUGUUAAAUCAUCCUAAUAUUGUCCAGUACUAUGGUGUGGAAGUUCAUAGAGAUAAGGUUAAUAUCUUCAUGGAAUAUUGUGAAGGUGGUUCGUUAGCAAGCCUUUUAGAACAUGGUCGUAUUGAAGAUGAAAUGGUUACACAAAUAUAUACUUUGGAAUUAUUAGAAGGUUUAGCCUAUUUACACCAAGCUGGGGUUGUUCAUCGUGAUAUCAAACCUGAAAAUAUUUUAUUAGAUUUCAAUGGAAUCAUCAAAUAUGUGGAUUUUGGUGCAGCGAGAAAGAUCGCUAAGAAUGGUACUAGGAUUCCAAAUUUGAACAAAAAGAAUGGUGCGGAGCCUGAAGUAGAGGAAGAUGCAGAUGGUGGGAAAGUACACGACAUGAUGGGAACUCCAAUGUAUAUGGCACCAGAAUCCAUCACUGGUCCAGGGAAUACUGGGAAAUUUGGUUCCGAUGAUAUAUGGUCACUGGGAUGCGUUGUUUUAGAGAUGGUUACUGGUAGAAGACCAUGGGCUAACUUAGAUAAUGAAUGGGCCAUCAUGUAUCAUGUUGCAGCCGGACAUACCCCACAACUACCAAAUGCUGAUGAAGUUACUCCUGCGGGCAGGGCUUUCUUACAAAGAUGUCUGGUUCAAGAUCCGAAAUCAAGAGCUACGGCUGUUGAAUUAUUGAUAGACCCAUGGAUUGUUGAAAUAAGAGAGAUUGCAUUCGGAUCAAACAAUGGUGGUUCAAAAUCUGAUGUUGACACUCCUAUAGCUGAAUAG